AUGCCUUCCGCCGAUCCACCCAACGCCCCAACCAAGGAGCCCGAGCAAUAUCGUCCCAACCUCAUGCAGUCUCCUCCGGGCGACUUCAUGCGUCCUGCAACCAGGACAAGAAACACGUCGAACGCAAAGACUAAUGGCGUGGGCGUGCAGGUCGAAGACACUCGGAUAUGCGUCGUCAUGGUCGGCCUGCCCGCAAGGGGCAAGAGUCUGAUUGCUCAGAAGGGUAUGUAGGACGAGAAGAGGAGCGUUUGCCGUGGCUGAUCAGUCGAGUAGUGGUGCGAUACCUGGGUUGGCUCAGUAUAACGGCCGGGUGUUUCAAUGUGGGUAACUACCGCAGGACAGCAACACCUCAGCCAAAUGCCUCCUUCUUCGACACGUCCAAUAAAGAGGGCGAGCGCUUGCGAAAAGCAGCUGCGGAGGCCGCUGUCGCAGAUAUGUGCAAAUGGUUCCGCUCGCCUGACAACCUGAUUGCGAUCCUCGAUGCCACCAACAGCACCAAGGCUAGGAGAAGGUGGAUCAAGGAGCGAUGUGACGCCGAGGGCAUCGAGACGCUCUUUGUAGAGAGCAAGUGCGACAACGAAGAGAUCAUCAUGAGCAACAUCCUCGAAGUGAAAACCACCAGCCCGGACUACUCCGGACAAGACCCUGAGGAAGCCGCCAAGGACUUCCGGGAACGAAUCAAGAUGUACGAGAGGGUGUACGAAACACUGGACGAAGACGAAUCCGACAUGACAUAUUGCAAGAUCAUCGAUGUCGGUGCGCAAGUCAUCAUCAACCGGAUACAAGACUACCUCCAGUCGCGAGUAGUCUACUACCUGAUGAAUCUCCACAUCAAGCCGAGGUCGAUUUGGAUAAGCCGGGUAGGUCUUCAUGUGUUUGUGAGAACUGAGAAAACUGCUGACAAGCAUGUCACUCAAGCACGGAGAAUCCAUGUACAACCUCGGCGGACAGAUUGGGGGAGAUGCUGAUCUCUCGCCACGUGGCGAGAUGUACGCCAAGGGCUUGCCAGGCCUCGUGCGGCAAUCUGCUGGUGACGCCAAGCUCACUGUCUGGACCUCGACCCUCAAACGUACCGCUCAGACAGCUCGAUAUUUGCCUUACGAGAAGCUCAGUUGGAAGGCGCUCGAUGAGCUGGACUCCGGCGUUUGCGAUGGCCUCACGUACGCCGAGAUUGAGGCAAAGUAUCCCGAAGACUUCAAGGCACGCGAUGAUGACAAAUACAACUACCGCUAUCUAGGAGGGGAGAGCUAUCGCGACGUGGUCAUUCGUCUGGAGCCUAUUAUUAUGGAACUGGAGCGCUCCGAGAACAUCUUGAUCGUUACCCACCAAGCUGUCCUUCGUUGCAUCUACGCCUAUUUCAUGGGAGUCCCGCAAGAUAAAUCGCCCUGGAUGGAGGUUCCUUUGCACACACUGAUCAAGCUCACGCCGCGAGCCUACAAGACGGAGGAAGAACGCGUGCCUGCUAACAUCCCGGCCGUCAGCACUUUCCGAGAGAAGGGCAGUGCCGCGGUGCAUCAAGAGACGCCAAGUGGCAUCGGGUCUCCUAACAUCAAGGCACAGGCAGCCGCGGGAUCGCCGCCACCCGUGACUCAAACGGAGGAUGCCAAAGCGAGCGCAUAG